UCCCUCAAUUCUUUUUCUUUGUUUUUAUUUAUAACAAACCCAAUUUAAUCUUACAAUUUGAAUAAUUUUGAUAGUAUUUUCAUGUUCAUAUUGAAAUUUAAUAUCGAGAUUUGGGUUUUUGUGAUUUCCAUACACGAUUGGAUCUUGUUAGAUACCAUUAACAAUUAGAUAAUUUUUUGGUAUGGUAAUUUGUUUAUUCAAUCCCCAUAUUUAUUCCUUUAUUUCACGUUCAUAGAAUAAUCAAAUUGUAGUUUUUGUUAGAAUGACAGUGCUGAAGAAAGAGGGAAAGUUUGUUUGCUUUAUCAUAUUGGGACAAUUGGGUAUUAUAUUGUAUUUUUUUCCUUAAAAAAAAGUGGGUCGAUUGUUUUUUCUUGAAGAAAGCACAAAAUCAUGAGUUUUAUAUGAUUGCACUAGAAUGAGGGUUGAUUGACUCGCGCAAAAGAAUGAUGCCGAAGUUGUUUGGGUUGUAGUUGUUCUUGUUCCUAUUUUUGGUUUGAUGUAUCUUUAAUCUUUGACGCUUCACAGGUUAGAAGGUCGGGUUAUACAGUCUAUUUCCCCAUCCUGAUUUCAAUUAAUAAAUGCUGAGAAAAGUUGUCAUCUUUGAUUUAAUGGAAUGGUUCAAAUAUUGCUUGCAGGUUUCCUUUUCUCUGAAGUAAAAAGGGUGCAGCCUUAAAGAUAUCCUGAUUCUAAGGGUUUCUUUAUUACCUUAUAAAGAUGGCUCUUGAGUGAUUAACCCUUCCUUAUUCACGUGUUGCCACAAGAAUGAGGUUGAUGUUGUGCAGUUGUAGCUAGAUUCUCAUCAAUGUCUAUAACCCUUAAUUCACCUGUUGUCACAACUCACAACUCACAAGAACAAGGUUGAUGUUGUAAGUAGCUUCUGGUCGAUGCCUCUAUUAUUCCAAUCAAAGAGGCUUUGUUUCUCUUGCUUCUACCUCUUUGCAACGCUCUUCCUCGCCUUGUAUGUGACUGUCUCACCAAGCAUUAAAUGUCUCCUCUUCCGUGUUACUCCUUAUGAUCCUAUUCAGUCCCCUCUCUUUUCUUACCCUUCGUCAUAUGGUCAGCACAAGCAUGUUCUUCCUACUCUUCGUUCGUCCUGUUCUUCCCCUGUUUUCUUCUCAGAUUAUCCAUUCGUCUUUAAGGAGAUCAAACAAUGUUGUCAAAAUCAGACUGAUUCACCUCUGAGGUAUAUGCAAGGGAAGGCUGCUACAUUUGGUGGAAAUUUUAGCUUAGAGAAGAGGAUUUCUUAUUUUGAUGCAUUAGAACAAAGGAUAGAAUUCCCAUGUGGAUUCCUUAAGCCCUUUCCAAUCAAUGAUUAUGAUAGAGCUGAAAUGGGGAGCUGCAAAGAAGUGGUAGUGGUUUCAGCGAUAUUUGGUGAUCAUGACAAAAUCCGGCAACCAAAAGGGAUUGGUUCAAAAACAUUAGACAUUACCUGUUUCAUCAUGUUUGUAGACGAUGUUACAUUAAAAGGGCUAAUUAAUCACAACUUAAUUUCCAAGGAAUCGAAUGAAUACAAGAUUGGUGUAUGGAGGCUAGUGAAUGUGUCAUCAUCCGAGGGACUGUACCGAAAUCCAGCCAUGAAUGGUGUAAUACCAAAGUAUCUAGUUCAUAGGCUUUUCCCUAAUGCAAAAUACAGCAUUUGGGUGGAUGCUAAAUUGCAACUUGUGGUUGAUCCAUUGCUUUUGAUUCAUUCCCUUGUUAUUAAGGAAGGUGUGGAUAUGGCUGUUUCAAGGCACCCGUUUUUCACAAACACCAUGGAAGAAGCUAUGGCAACUACAAGGUGGAAGAAAUGGUUACACAUUGAUGAAAUACAGAUGCAAAUGGAGACUUACUGUCGAAAUGGGUUACGUCCUUGGUCACCUUCCAAGCUCCCUUACCUAUCAGACGUGCCAGAUACAGCGUUGAUAUUGCGUAAGCACGGUGUAAGUAGCAAUAUGUUGUCAUGCCUAAUGUUCAAUGAGUUAGACGCCUUUAAUCAUAGAGAUCAGCUUGCCUUUGCAUAUGUGAGAGAUAAGUUGAAGCCCAGAAUCAAAAUCAACAUGUUUGAGGUUCAAGUACUCGAGCAGGUUGUAUUGGAAUACCGGCACAACCUUAAGCGCGGCGGCAGCUCUUCAACCACCACUACAACUCCUAGUCCAAGUCCAAGUCCAAGUCCUACAAACAAACUCAGGAUCAAAAGGGCUCAACCAGCUCUUGGUAAUGACGGCCUUGGCAACUGUCAACAGUAUUUCCUCGAGAUGUGGAGGGAAUCACAUUAUUGAUCAAACCAACCAACCAACCAACCAACCAACCAACCAACUCCUUAGAUAGGUUUUACACAUUACACUCUCAAUAUUUGACACAACAACAACAUAAUAAUAAAAUAGUUUGAAUCCUACGAUUUUAGGCAUAUGUUAGUAUGUCACUACUCACUAGUGUGCAUACAUUUCCCACUUAAUUAUUACGUAGUAUAUUGUAGAUGAUGUAUGAUAGUAUACGGAGUAUUAGUUUGGUUUAGUUAAAUUAGAUAGUACUCCGUAAUAACAUUGUACCAGGUCCGGCUAUCAACAGGUCUUUCAUGGGAUUCGAAACAUGGUCAAUUACACAUUUACACAUUAUACGGGUAAACUUGAACUACAGUUGGGCCCUCCUCUUGUUUGUAGUUUUACGUGCAAAAUCUAGAUUCGAAAGCUUACUUAUUGGAUUAUUCUUGCUUUUUAGA